GCUCAUUCCUCAGCCGAGUCGCGUGAAAGUUGGACGCAAAGUAAGCGCAGAGACGAAGAAAGCAGAAGACAGCAGACAGUCGGAUUCUUUAUUCAAGAACAAACAGUGAACUGGUUGGGGAUUGGCUGUGUGACCCACUUCCAGACCGAGACCGAAGACAGAAUUUCGGCCCCAAAGUGAAACCCAAUCGCAGCUCGUACUUGGGCGCUUUAAAUUCUAUCCCGACUUUUUCACUUUCGCUCGUAAAGAGCGCGGGCUGCGUCAUCUGGGCGAAAUUAGCAUAUCCAUAUCCAAAAGCUGCUAAUCAAUUACGAAACUAGAAAAGUGAAACACAGAGUCCAUCUUAGCCAACUUCCGUUUACUUGUACUUUCAUGCAGACGAACCCGAAAAAUGAGCGGAAAGAUGGUCUUCAUUGUGCUCGUCGCCGUGUUGGGCUCCACUUUUGCCCAGGAGCAGCCCUACUACCUGCAACAGUGCCCACGGGACGAGGCCCAGAUAAACGAAUGCCUUCGCGAAAGUGGCAACAAGCUGGUGCACUACCUGCAGAAGGGAGUGCCGGAGUUGGACAUCUAUGAGAUCGAACCCGUGAUGAUUGAUGAAAUCGGCAUUGUGUUGGGCAGUGGUCCGGAUGGCUACCGCGCACUUUUCCGGAACAUUCAGGCCUACGGUGUGAGCAAUAUCACAGUGACCAACAUCCGCUCCGACUUGGACUCGCUGCAGUUCCAGCUGACGUGCGAGAUACCCCGCAUUCGCGUCAAGGCGCAGUACCGGUCCACAGGUGUUCUGAUCUUGGUGAAGGCCUCCGGAGCCGGCGACUACUGGGGGGAGUACGAGGGAGUUAAGGCCAAGAUCUACUUCAAGGCGGUGGCCAAUGAGGGUCCCGACGGUCGCACCUACCUGACGACGGACUCCGUCAAGAUGGACUUCAACGUGAAGGAGAUCCAAAUGGGUGUGGACAACAUCGCCAAUGGCAACACAGUGAUACAGGCUGCUCUCAAUCUGUUCAUCAACUCCAACUCCCAGGAGCUGCUCAAGGAAAUGAAGCCGGCGCUCAGGACCAAACUCACUCUGGUCAUCCGCAACUUCAUGGAUCGCAUAUUCGCCAAGAUUCCGCUGGACGAGUGGAUCAACCUGAAUUAGAAUGUAGUUUCUCUAGUCUAAGACCUUAUUUAUUGCACACAGUUCCGCGAAAUAUACCAAGUAAAUCGAC